AUGAAGGGCUUGGAGGGCUUGAGAAAGAUUUCAGAGCACUACGCGGAGCUCAUGAAGCCAAAGCCCGUCAAACGGCGACUGGAAGCAGCAGCACAGGAGCAAGGGCCUCGAGGUCCUCGGGAUCGAAGCCGAAGCCGUGAUGCUCAGACGCCCAUUGUAGAAGCUGCAGUGCCUUCUGUGACAGCAAGGGCUCCCCAGGAGCCAAAGCAAGCUCCAAAGCCAGCUGCAAAGAGGAAGGCAAAGGCCAAGAGCAUGCCAAUGCCAG